CUUUGUGCUAGUGGUGUGCAUUGUGGCCAUGCUGCUGAUUAUUUUUUCUACUGUGAUUUUUUUGCCUUUUGGUUGUUUUUACCACAUGAGGCUUCAAAUCAAGAAUCUCCGCAUUCCAAAACCUUUGAUUGUUAUUCCAGGAUAUAAAAGGGUCCUAAAACCAACCUCUGAGGAAUCCCAGCCAAUUACAGUGACCCCGCCAAAAAAAGAAAUUAACGCAGAGAGACAUUUUUCUUCAUCGGAGGAAGACUCCAAGGAUGGCUCUAUGUUCUAUCAACCGAGAGAAAACCUUACAUCAUCCAUCGCCAGUGUCAACCCACCAGAGCAAGAUGAGGAGGCUGAGGCAUCAAAUCAGUGUGAUGAGUACACACUAGCUAAUGAUAUAGAAGAUAGUGAAGAAAAUGAAAUAUCUGAAAUGGAUGAUGACAGUAUGCAUCCAGGUAGUGAAUCUGAAUCGGGAUCUUUCUGUGCUAAUACUUUAAACAAUUCAAGAUCAUCCAAAAUACUACAAACGGUUACUGUGAACACGUUUGUAAACUCAGAGAUGGAUAGCAAUUAUGCAGAAGAAACUCUUUCCUGUUCUUCUGGCAGUGGCUGUGAAAGAGAAGUGCCUGCUGAAGAGGAGGAGGAUAGCUUAUUCUUGCCUGAUUCUAACUCAGAGAGUGGCUAUGAACCAAGACAUGACAAAGUAUUAUGAACUUCCAAAUCUCUACUAUCUAAACUAUGAAUACCCUUAAAGAGGAUAUACAUAUCCUGAACCUACAUCCAAAGGUGGAGUCUGCAACCAAAUUCAAGCAAAAAAGUAUCCACCUUUCACCUGAGCCAUGCAGGUAGACAUGCAAAACUGAAAAUUUUGUGAUGCAGAAGAUCAGAAUAUCCAUGAGGGCAUAACACUUGGUAUAGAAGCAAAAUCUGGGGGUUGUUAUACCUGGAGAGAACUAUCCAUUAAUAUUCCUGCAUCAGGAACUCUUGGAUCCUACAGAUAUUAUGAUCCGUUUAAACUCUCAAGCUGAAUUCUGUAUGGUCAAAUAGAAGGAACUUCGGACCUAAACAUUGCUGGAUAAUGGCCAUCUUGUUGCUGAUUGCCCAGUUGAGGUACUAUUAGUGGGUCAUGUUGAACACAGUUUGAACUAUGGAAGUGUGCCUACUUCAGGAAUAAGUUGGAGCUACACAUUCUGCAGCGUGUCACUGUGAUGCAACUCGUACAUACUCUCUUUACAGCAUCCUUUCACAAGUGCUUAAAAAGUAUAUUUUGCAGUUCCCACAAU